CGGAGAUAUGCCUCGCACUGUCUCGCCAAUGUUCGGACAACCAGGUUCUCGGAAUUAACCGUCUCGUAGGUCCGCCCGAAGCACCUUGAAUGUCUUGAUUAAUCAUUGGAUUUCUCUAGUUCAUCGCCGUUUUGGGGCGAUAGGCCGAUGGAUGGGAGAGCGGAAUCGGGAUAUUCCCUCUUCUGGGGUGUCUGCUUGACUAAUGCUUUAUCUAUGGAUAUUGGUUUCGAUUUUACAGCUCCACCCUGGAAAGCUUGUCAAUAUAUAAGUGUUUGGAGGUCCUGGCUGAGUACAAAAAUGAUCCACGCUACUGAUUGAACUGUUUUCUUAUAAUAAUCUUGUCCGACAGUCUAACACGGUGUGCGAUGGCUGAACAACACCCCGCUGGACACAGCCCGGGGGACCUCCCCAGACAGAACAUGCCCACCCAGGCAUCAGAAACCACCCUCAGCGCAGCCCCUAACGACCCGGCAGGGGCAGGGGAAAAUCGGGACAUGGAAAAGGGAGCUCCAGACUCGGAUGCCCCCGCGAAAGACCCCAAUUUGGUGGAAUGGGAGGGCCCUGACGACCCCGAGAACCCGCAGAACAUGCCGGCCUGGCGGAAAUGGGUCUUGACCAUGACUCUCUCGUCCAUGACCAUGUGGAUCACCUUCGCCAGCAGUGUCUUCUCGACGGCCACGGUCGUCACGUCCAAGGAAUACAACGUCUCGACCGAGGUCAUGACCCUGGGGACCAGUCUCGUGGUGUUUGGCUUCGCGCUGGGCCCGCUGGUCUGGUCGCCGCUCUCGGAGCUCUACGGACGCAAGCUGCCGCUGUUCCUCGGAUACGCCGUGUUUGCCAUCUUCCAGAUCCCUGUGGCCGUGGCGCAGAACCUCUACACCAUCAUGAUCUGCCGCUUCCUGAUGGGCGUGUUCGGCUGCUCGCCGCUGGCCGUCGUCGGCGGCGCCAUGGCUGAUUUCUGGGACCCCGUCGACCGCGCCGUGGCGAUCGCCAUGUUCUCAUCGGCGACCUUCGUCGGACCGGUGCUGGGCCCCAUCGUGGGCGGGUUCCUGACGGAUUCAUACCUGGGAUGGCGGUGGACGGCCUGGAUCACGCUGAUCGCGUCGGCCUCGUUCGGCCUGCUGGCCCUGUUCAUCGUUCCGGAGACCUAUGCCCCGGUCCUUCUCCAGCGGCGCGCGGCUCGUCUCCGCCGCGAGACCGGCAACUGGGCGUACCACUCCUUCCUCGACGAGCACCGGCCGACGGCCUCGGAGAUCGUCAACAAGUACCUCCUGCGACCGAUCCAGAUGCUCUUCCUCGAGCCCAUCCUCCUCCUGAUCACCAUCUACCUUGCCCUGAUCUACGGCAUCCUCUACCUCUUCUUCGAGGCCUACCCGGUCUCAUUCCAGGAGCAGCGCGGCUGGACCAACGGGGGCAUCGCGGGGCUGCCCUUCAUCGGCAUCAUGGUCGGGGUCCUCUGCGGCGCGGCCCUCAUCAUCUACCAGACCAAGACGCGCUUCGCGCGCCAGCUGGUCAAAAACGGCCACGUGGUGCCCGAGGAGCGACUGAUCCCGAUGAUGAUCGCGUCGGUGCUCCUCCCGGCGGGACUGUUCUGGUUCGGCUGGACCUCCGACCGCAACAUCUCGUGGGUGCCGCAGGUGAUCGCGGGCGUGCCCAUCGGCAUGGGCAUCCUGGUGAUCUUCAUGCAAGGGCUGAACUACAUCAUUGACGUGUACAUGAUGUUCGCCAACUCGGCCAUCGCGGCCAACACGCUCGUCCGGAGUGCUCUGGGUGGGGCGUUCCCGCUCUUCGCCGUCCAGAUGUAUCACCGGUUGGGGGUGAACUGGGCGUCGAGUCUGCUGGGAUUCAUCACCAUCGCGAUGAUUCCGAUCCCGAUUGUGUUUUAUGUGUAUGGGAAAAGGAUCCGAGCUAUGAGCAAGUUUAGCCCGAAGUUCUAGGGGUUUGCAUUGCAUCGUAAGGGCAUCAUGGCGUUUCUCACUUCUACCCUGUUCUGGAAUUAGCAUAUAGUCAUAAUAUAGAUCAAUA